AAAAAAAAAAAAAAAGCUCCGAAAGCCUUCUUCACACCCCACCUCCUCCGGCGACGCACGCAGCCGCCGUCGUCCGCCCGCCCGCCCGCCUACCUCUCCGCCGCAGAGUUCUCAUCCUCGCCUUUCUCCGAAGGGUACCCGGAGCUCCCUGAAGCAUAGCCAUAAGCAGCGAUCAUGGCCGACUACGAGCAGGAGCAGGAGAUGGAGGUUGAGGCGCUGCAGGCCAUCCUCAUGGACGACAUCAAGGAGAUCGACCCCAGCGAGAGUGGGAUCGCCACCGCUGCCCGUUGCUUCCAGAUCCUACUCUCCCCUCAGGAUGACGAUUUUGAUGAGGCUUCUUAUGUUCCAGUUCAACUGGCCCUCAUCUUUGCGCACACAGAGAAAUACCCAGACGAACCUCCACUGCUGAAUGUCAAAAGUAUGCGCGGAAUUAAACCAGAUGAUCUUGCAUCCCUGAAGGAAAAGCUUGACCAAGAGGCAACAGAAAAUUUAGGCAUGGCUAUGGUCUAUACUCUUGUUUCAUCAGCCCAAGAGUGGCUAAGCGAGAAAUACGGUCAGAACGGAGGCGAUGAGGAACCUGAAGAGACUGAAGAGAAAGAAGAGGAGGUCAUUGUACCCCAUGGUGAAGCUGUUACUGUGGAGAGCUUCCUGGCCUGGAGAGAACGUUUUGAAGCUGAAUUGGCCUUACAGCGUGCUAAACUUAUGCCAGAUUCAGCUCUUACAGCCCCAAAGGAAAAGAGACUCACAGGACGACAGUAUUUUGAAAGUGGAAGGCAUGCAGUGAAAGGAGCAAGCACAGUUGUGGAUGAAGAUGAGGAAGAAGAGGAAGACAUUGAAUUUGACGAUGAUUUUGAAGAUGACGAAGAGGACAUGCUUGAGCAUUAUUUAGCUGAACAGUCAGGGAAGUCAACAGCUUAGGCUACAAGGCCAAACAGAAGUACCUUCCUGGGCAGAAUUUAGUUUAGGAAACCCAAUGUGGUAAUAUGUUAUGGGUGAAGCACCAGGGCUCAGUAUUUUGUGCGAUUCUCAUCAUUUGGUUGUCCCCUGGUGGACCUCUUUAAGCUUCUAUACAGAUAUGUGCUGAGGGUGUUGGAAGAUCGAGCUGCACCUACAUAAUGUACUUUGCUGUAUAACUUGUCGUGUUUUUGGUCAGGUAUAACGUGUAUGUUUUAUUGUGGAGCGUGUUGCAUAACUUCGGGAAGAUCUUGGUGAUAAUACAUGGAAUGCUAUUCUUUUCGCAAUCCAAA